CACUAGAUAGUACAGCCACAAAGUCUAAAAUUGGCCAAAUCAUAACAAUGAAUGAAAACAAAAAUGUGCUUUUUUUGUCUUCAUUUACGUUUUGCGGUGUGGUUAGGUACAAAACCAGAUUUGAAGAGUAUAUUUUUUUUAGAAAUAAAUGGUGUUUCUGCCUAUGUGGCUGCUGUGGUAUCUACUGACGACCAGAGCGAAGGGAAUUGUGGAAACGUUUUUUUGCGACGGAGAACAAAUUCGUAUUGGACAAGUUCAGCUGGUUCGGACUCCGUUUUCUCGUUUCCUGCUUCCUGCUUACCGAACACACACACACACAAGGGAUUGAUCAGUUCUUAUACACAACGAAUACAUAUCAAUGUAACUUGUUGUUGUGUUAAUAGCCUACUGUACUAUUUAUGGUGAGUCGACAGCGGAAUGGAGUUUCCCGAGGAGGUGCUCGCCCACAUAUUCUCCUACCUGUCAGUAAAGGAACGGGAAAGCGCGUCGGCAGUAUGUACGAGGUGGUCGCAGUCCAUGAGCCACCCGCGAGUGUGGCGGUACACUGAAAUAAGGUGUGAGACCGGGGAACGGGAGGACCCUGCUCUGCAGCAUUUCUCCUCUCUCCUGCCAUUGGUCCGUCACCUGAAGAUCACCGUCAGUUCGCUGAGCGACCCAGCCAAUCGCAGCGCUGCCCUGUCCGUCCUCCGCCUGGCCACCAGCGGUCCCCUGCGAACCUUGACCCUGUCCUGUUCUGGAGGAGUCCCUCUCUUCUACUCAGGUCACGACCUGGAGGAAGGGCUGGAGGCCGCUCUCACUGCAGCUCCGGAACACGUGGGAGGAGCUUUCCUCUCCCACUUGGACCUGAGGGGCGUGCCCUUCACCCUCAGCCAAUCCCUGGUGAGGGCCUUGGCCCGGCAGAGCCCCAACCUGAGGAGUCUAUUGGUCAACAAUCAGACACUGGUGUGUAAAGUGGAGCCAGAGGCUGUGGUGGAGGUACUGGGACUGUGUCCACUUCUCAACACACUAGGGCUGUUCUAUACCAGCCUGUCCCAGAAGGUGGUGGAUGAGCUGCUGUUGCCUCAACGCUGCCCCCUCCUGGCCAUGGAGUUGUACUGCGAGCGCUUUGCCAAAUACAUCCCCCCUCUGGAGGACAGCGUGUGGGCUGGACUGAAGCACAGACACCCGGGGUUAAAGGUAAGCCUGAUAUUGGACCACACUCUUCCCAUGGAUCAUUUCAGCUCCGUAUUGCAGCCCAGCGUUCCUCUGCAGCACCUGGAACUCCUCACAUUUACUGACCUGGUCCAGCAGACACACCUGGUCACCCAGAGCUACAGCCACGCCCUGGAGACAAUCAUACUGCAGACCACCUCGUCUCCAGAGCUGGACUCCGCCCUGCGCUCCCUGGCCGCAGCCUGCAGCCUCCUCAGGGAGGUCCACUGUUACUGUGUGGUGUCGUGUGAUGUCAUCAGGGCCUUUAAAGACGGCUGCCCUCGCCUGUGGAGAUACACACUGAAGACACGCAAAGAGCCACACCCCUGGAGAUGCACUGUUAUUAAAUGACAACCAAUCACACCCCUGGAGAUGCACUGUUAUUAAAUGACAACCAAUCACACCCCUGGAGAUGCACUGUUAUUAAAUGACAACCAAUCACACCCCUGGAGAUGCACUGUUAUUAAAUGACAACCAAUCACACCCCUGGAGAUGCACUGUUAUUAAAUGACAACCAAUCACACCCCUGGAGAUGCACUGUUAUUAAAUGACAACCAAUCACACCCCUGGAGAUGCACUGUUAUUAAAUGACAACCAAUCACACCCCUGGAGAUGCACUGUUAUUAAAUGACAACCAAUCACACCCCUGGAGAUGCACUGUUAUUAAAUGACAACCAAUCACACCCCUGGAGAUGCACUGUUAUUAAAUGACAACCAAUCACACCCCUGGAGAUGUACUGUUAUUAAAUGACAACCAAUCACACACUGUUAUCAUGUUACACCAGACUGUUAUUGUAAUCAGACAUGUUACACCAGACUGUUAUUGUAAUCAGACAUGUUACACCAGACUGUUAUUGUAAUCAGACAUGUUACACCAGACUGUUAUUGUAAUCAGACAUGUUACACCAGACUGUUAUUGUAAUCAGACAUGUUACACCAGACUGUUAUUGUAAUCAGACAUGUUACACCAGACUGUUAUUGUAAUCAGACAUGUUACACCAGACUGUUAUUGUAAUCAGACAUGUUAUUACAGCCACCGUUAAGUUAGGGGGCACAGGGUCGCCCUUUCAGAUUUGUCCUGUUAAAAAAAAAGGUUUUAGAACACCUACUCAUUCAAGGGUUUUUCUUUAUUUUUUAGUAUUUUCUACACUGUAGAAUAACAGUGAAUUAACACAUGGAAUCAUGUAGGAACCAAAAAAGUGUUAAACAAAUCAAUCAAUGCAUUUGAGCCAAUCAGUUGUGUUGUGACAAGAUGGGGUUGUAUUCAGGAGAUAGGGUUGGUAUAAAGGAGAUAGGAGUGUUAUACAGUAGAUAGGGUUGGUAUACAGGAGAUAGGGGUGGUAUACAGGAGAUAGGGGUGGUAUACAGUAGAUAGGGUUGGUAUACAGGAGAUAGGGGUGGUAUACAGGAGAUAGGGGUGGUAUACAGGAGAUAGGAGUGGUAUACAGGAGAUAGGGGUGGUAUACAGGAGAUAGUG